AGAAGGGGGAGGAGGAGGAGGACUCCUUCUUCUUCUUCUUCCGAUACAGCAGCGGCAAGAUAUUUAGAAAAAUUUAAAAAAAAAAAAAACAAAAAAAAAAAACCUCGCACCUCACCCCCCGGUGCGGAGCAGCUGAGGAAGAAAAAAAACACACGGAUGUGCCUCCGAAAGCGCAGCGGAUACCGCCCUCCGGACCUUAUUAAUGCCAAGAUUGAGAGGUCUGAGGCAGAAGGGGGGAUGACAUGCAUGUGUCCGGCCUGCUAACAUCGUUGAAGACUCGUGCACUAACCGACUGCCCGCCCUCACGACAUGACGGAUGUUCUGUAUACAGGUCCAAUCCCAGCCGAGCGAGGGGGCGAGCUGGCCAUGGGUGGAGGUCGCAGCGAGACCUCGGCACUGAGCGGGACGGGAGGGGGGCGGGACAUGACCACUGCCCAGAAUUCCCAGCGGCCUAACGCCUGCUGCUUCUGUUGGUGCUGCUGUUGCAGCUGCUCGUGUCUCACCAUCAGGAAUGAAGAGGAGAGACGUAGGCGGCAGAAGAGGAAGGGACUAUCACAGGGCACCAAGAUGGAAACCAUACCAAACUGUGAACCUUGCACCAAACCCUCAGUGGAAGAAAUUCGGCUCUGGUCUCAGUCCUUUGACAAGCUGAUGAGGAACCCGGCAGGCCGGAAUAUCUUCCGAGAGUUCCUGCGGACAGAGUACAGUGAAGAGAACAUGCUGUUCUGGUUGGCCUGUGAAGAUCUCAAACAGGAAAUGAACAAGAGUGCCGUCGAGGAGAAAGCCCGUUCCAUAUAUGAAGACUAUAUUUCCAUAUUGUCACCGAAAGAGGUGAGCCUGGACGCCCGGGUUCGCGAGGUGAUCAACAGGAAGAUGCAAGACCCAACGCCUCACACAUUUGAAGACGCCCAGCUGCAGAUCUACACGCUGAUGCACCGGGACUCCUACCCACGUUUCCUCUCCUCCAACAUCUACAAGUCGCUCAUUCACGGCGGCUCGCGCACCUCAUCUGAAUCCUAGUCCCGCCUCCUCAUACUCCUUUCCUGAUCCUACACUUAAAGGAUUGGUGCCAGAUCAUUUCACCUCCUGGUCCAAAAGUUGUUUCAAAAAGAAUCCAUAUCCUUCUCAGUUCACUUCCCUUUUUUUUUUUUUUUCUCCAAAUGGAAAAUCUCUGCAAGUACUGCCAAGACUUUCUCUUUUUCAUCACUCUUUCAUGUCUCAUGUCCUAUGUUUUAGUGCUGUUGCCAAGACACCACCUGUCCUCUCUCUUCUCCUCAUCUCCUUCCUUGACAUUAACUCUUACUUGUAGCCUGUGUUCUUUGCUUUUACUCAUGACAUCAAAUUUUAAGGCCAAAACAAAUGUAAAUGUGUACUUUUCUGAUCAGUUUGACAGGAAAAAACCUGACUGAAAGUCCACUCAUUAGCUUUUUUUCAAUCCUUUCAAUCCCAUCCCAGAUGCUUUUCACCGUUUAAAAGGUCUGAUAUGAUGCCACCUGCAGAGGAAGACUCAGAUAUAUGGUUCAAAGGUAAAUAAGCAAGUUUAAGGGGUUUAGAGCUUCAGAAUGCCAUGGCCCAAAGUCAAUUCUGAAAGUUCUCUGUAGUCCACUGAAUCCCUUUUACCUUUGUACAUGUAAGGAGUCAACAAAUGCAGCUUCAUAUUCAUUUCAUAAACUGUAAAAAUGACUCAAAAUGUGCCAUUUAAAUGUCAUGGCUUUGUUUUAUCAAUAUUCUGGUGCGCCCUGUCCUCCAGUCACUGAAAGAGUCAGCUUAAGGUUUUAAAAUGACCAAGUAUACUUAAGUAUUAAAUAAAUCACUUUUUGUUAAGCUACUGUUUCAAAGGAAAGAAACCGUCACACCGUCGAUCAGAGUAUAUUAAUAAGUUAUAAUAAGUUUAUAUAUUACCGAAAUAUGUUUAAGCUGAGACUCAAUUUAUAAAUGUGAUCUUUUUUAGCUUUAAGAUUCAUUUUUACCUCCUAUUAUCUCUGUCUCUCCAUCCCCACUCAUCUCCUGCCUUCAUCCAGUUUCGUUUUUUUUUUUUUUUUAAUUAUUAUUAUUUUCCCUCAUCUUCCAACGUUGUUUUCCCGUUUUUUUUUUGUUUUGGUUUUUUUUGUUUGUUUUUUUCACCUCGACAUUGACUCAUGAAUGGAGAAUGAAGUGAUCAUGGUUGUGGAAAAAGUAUUUCAUCUACUGUUACGUGAAGAUGACCGUUUUACUUUUGGGAGAAUUUCAUACAUUUCAAUUGCGGGGAGAAAAUAUUCUUCUGUGCCAUGGAUUCUCCAGAGGAUUUUGAACUGAUGAUGCCACUCAGCUUUGAGAGCCAACAGAAGGUGGUCGUCCCUGACCUCCACCCCACCUCACCGCCUUGUUUUUUCAUCCCUCCGCUGCCUCUGCUGUAAUCCGGGACUGACAGAGGGCAAGCAAAAAAAAAAAAGACGGUCGCUGUCAAAGAUUUCCUUUUCUUUCUUCUCUUUCAACUGGAAAAAACAGGGUGCUCCCGCUAUAAACUUUGGUUGUUUCCUUUUUGUUGUUUAUUUCUCCACCCUUGUUUGCUGGAUUAAUCGUUACACUCCUGUGGUAAACAGACGGAUGAAUGGAUGGAUGUCACUUCCUUCCGACUACUGAUUUACAAACAAACAAGACGUCUAUUUUUGAAGAGAAAACUCUAUAUGGAACAUUUUAAUUAUGUUUUUUUUUUUUUGUUUAUUCAUUUGUAUGUUUCUCCCCAUUUUCUCCUAUUCCUGGAUAUAUUUUUGUUUGUUUUGAUUCCUCUGAGGCUGUACUGAAUCCCACCCGACACAACAUCACAGACACUGCAAUAAAACACUGGAGUUUAUAAAGAGAAAAGACAAAAGCAUGUACAUUCACAUGCACACAAUGACAACAGUUGUGUUACUAUACUUCCUAGGAACGUUCAGUCACCUACUAAUAACAGUUCGUUUCCAUCCAAGCCGAAUCAGACAAUACUUAACUUUAUUGUAUUUAAUAUCAACUUAGCAGUUAUUCCUUACGUCAAAGAUAUUCAAUUAAGAGCUGAUAUUUUAUAGUUUAAACAUGGUUUCUUAGCUUAAUGUAUAAGCUUAAUUAUAAAUAGCUACAAAAUAGAAAUAUAACACAAAUGCAUAUUUUUUGGGGGGGCUCUAAAGUGUAAUACACACUGGUGUGGUUAUUAUUCUGGAUGCAGUGAGCUACAUUCAAAACCACCAAGUGAUAUUUAAAAUGAUUAGUGUGUCCACCACAUGUUAUCUAAUUGUUCUGGUUUUUUUUUUAUUAUAUUACCAAGACAUCUAAAGUGUAUGGUUAGUUUAUCAAAACUAAGAUUAUUUUAUAUUUUAAA